CCGUUGUCAGUAACCUUUUUCUCCAAGUCUGCACCUUUCAGCCUCACCGUGGCUCCUCUGACUGACUCUAGCUCUUUCACGCUUCUUUCUUUCUUUCUUUCUUUCUUUCCUCCACACCUCCUGCUCCGUCAAAACAGUUGUCGUCGAUGGCUUUGAAGUAAAUCAACUGUCGAAUUGGCUUCCAAAUUCCACUGUAUUCUUCUCGAUAUUAGCACAGCUCUAGCAGUAUGGUAGCUCAAGAUAUCGCUACAGACAUUACUGGUAAUGCAGCCGAUGCUAGCCGUGGCAGCGCCGCCGAAACUGCCACUCCAACAACUAGCAGUGCUUCCACAACCUCGACCAACAUUGGCCAAGGUAACAAUGCCACUGAAUCUUCAAAUACCUCCUCCACGGCUGCGACCAGUACCGGUGCGGCUAGUACCGGCGCAACAGCAACAAGCACUACUUCCUCAGACUCUAUAGGUCCAUCCCAUUCAAUGGCACCUGCGACUCCUGCUUCCAAUAGCGAAAGCAACAGCUCUGGAGGACUCGGUACAGCGGCCAAAGCGGGCAUCGCAGUGGGCGCCGCUGCCGUUGUGGUCAUUCUGGCAGCCUUUUUGUUCUGGAAGUAUCGUCGUGGGCGGAAGAAGUCAUUGCGUCGGGGAGUGGCCGGAGCUCCCCAUGGGUCAGGCCAGGGAGUCAAUCCAGGAACCAUCAACCCAAACGCUGCAGAGAAAGGUCUGCCGACAGUUGGAGGUGCAGUCCUUCUCCGCUCAGACUCCGGCAUGUCAGAAGCAAGAACCCCCCUCCCUCAACAGGCCGACGAUGCCACCAUCCAGUCCAGAUUCUCGACUUUGUUUGAUCAAAUCGAAUUGCACACCGAGAACUUCUACAAGGACUCCAGUCCCAUGAUCCCUCCUCAGACUGAAGCUGCUCUUUCCCGCUACGACACACCGUACCUGGGAGCACCGCUGGCAGCCAGGCUGGAGGAAUCGCCUCGAACCACCACCAUCUUGAAACAUGUCCUGGCGUAUGAAAUCGCCGCUACCACCCUGACAUCUUUCUCCCAGGAUCGCAAACGAAGCUUACUGCCACCGCCGGUCCUGACACUCAUUCAGGACCUAGAGUCCAGACCAAAUCAACCAGAACGAAGAGCAAUAUCAACACGUCUAAAGACACUAGCGCAGUCAUACCACGCGAACCCACAGUCAAUGCCAGCGAGCACGACCAGUGCGACGAAAGAGUCAGCCGCGCAAUUUUCACAGACGUUUUCGCUGUGGUCAGACCCGCAACACGACGAGGCACGAAGAACCAAGCAUUUGACUGACAUUUUCGAUUCCGCGGUUCGGUUGUCCAUCUGGCUGCUACGACAGCCCGAGGAUUUCGAGGUUAGAUGGGGUCCUACCCCAGCAAGUCACGCUGUCGAUACAGCUUCGCCAAAUAACCCUGACCCGAGUCGAGAUGCCGCUGCCCUUGUCACACACCCGGCUUUGAUCAAGGUGUCGAGAAACGCUGGCGCCACCAGGUUAUCGCGGUCUGAGCAGAAGACGAUUGCCGUUGCCAUCCAGCGGAGGAUAUAAACGCCACAGCUGCGAGUAUUAAACAUGAAUUCGAAACCCAUGCUCCUACCUACGAGAACCCGCUGAGCAACGAGAAAUCGAGAUCAACUGGCCAGACGAAUAUUGUUGAAUUGGGAGAGUGGCUUCUAGCUUUUCGAUGCACAUUACUUCUCACUCCCUUAACCUUCUCCAUGGUCGGGUUGGCAAUUACGUAUUUAGUCAUUAUAAUGUGCUACGCGAUGCAAUGAAUUGAGAUGACAUCCUGUA